AUGGGUCAAGCGAAUUGCAGCUGUGGUGGCUGCAGCAAAGAAGUUCAGGUGGUUCUACAAGGGGAUGACCCGGCCGUGCCGAGCUCUUCGAGUACCGCUGGUCCUCCGCGGAAUCCCAGUGCACCGAGUGUGGUCGGGUCGCCCACUGCUCCGAGUCUGGCGGCCGCUGGGGCAGACCUUUCGAGCUCAAGCCCGGACAGCCUCAAAGGGCGGCAAGCUGCGACACCUCUGUCCAUGGAAACCGUGGCAUCUGCAUCGUCAUCGCAAAAAGAUGGGACGCCCAGGCCUGCGCCUGGACAGCUAUCUUCCAAGGGCAAGAGCGAGCCACUGGGUAAUGCCAAGCAGACGCUGAAGUCGAUGACCGCAAACGGCCAGCCCAGCUUCAGAGAAGAAGUUGGGAAGAUUGAAGCUUUUUUGAGCAAUGGUCCUUCUCGAAACGGAGGAAGGCUUCCCAUGGAUGCUGACAUGGCGGUGAAGAUUAUGGCCUAUAAAGACCGACAGGAGCGUCGAGGAAAGAAGAAGCUAGGGAUUUCUGGCGAGGAAAAGUACCUAUCACAAGUGCCUGAGGUUGAAAGGGAUAUACCCUUUCACUUCAUGUUCGAGGUGAAUGGAGAACUCAAUGAGAUCGCGGUGAAAAAUGCCUGCGAAAGUGAGACGGCCCAAGCUCUUCGGCAGAAUCCUGACACGGAAGUCACGUCGCAGACAUCGAAGAGCGGUCAGCCACCGGAAAAGCUGCCAGCGAAGACCUAUCGUUCCGGGAGUGCGACCUUCCUGCCCUAUGUCUGCUUGUGUGAGGUUCCACGAGUGGAACAGACAAAUCCGUCGAUGACCAGAAGGCCUUCCAAUUCAAAGGUUCGGUUGGCAAAGAUUUCCUUCCGAACAUUGUUGUAUGGGAAGCUCACAAAAGCAUGCAACAGCGCUUCGGAUGCCGAGAACUGCUGCAUGGUCUUCAUAGUGGCCAUAGAUGACAAGGGCACUUCAAUCCUCCCGCGCUUGGAUGAGAUCGAGAAGAGCGUCCUCCAGAUGACGGAGUCGAUUCCUCCCACGCGGCGGCCGGUCCCUGCAAUUUUCCUUCUUCACAAGCCCAGUGCUGACCUGAAGAAGUGGAAGAAGACCUUGGAGGAGUAUGAGGUCACAAAGGGAACUACACUUCGCUAUGGUCCGAUGAGCAUCGAGGAUGGCAAUGCCAUCUAUGAGGCAUUCGCCAGCCUGGCAACUAUGAGGAUCACUGCACACGAACAGGGCUUCACCAGCAAGCAGCUCUGGAGCUCGAAUGUUCGAAAGCUAGCGUGGCCUUUGGUGAAUUUGCCUCCGUCCUCUGAGUCAGCAUUGAACCGCAGCAAAAGUGCAGCCAGUAGUGUCAGUAGUGUGAGCAGCAUUGGCAACCCCUUCUGA